GAUCUGCAUCAUUCAGCAUCUGCACGUCCACCCACUGAUUCACAUCUUGCCGCGGAACACCAUUGAGAGGAACAGAACACAAUACAGCAUGUUCCUUCUCCGAAUGAACCAUUUUAAUGUUUAGAAGCCGUAUUCUGUGCUACUCUUUCACGUAGGUCAUUGAGAUGCGAUGCGCUCUUCAUUGAGGAGAAGCGGACUGGCGCGAGCGCGUUAUUAUUAAUCAGCUUCAUAAGGCGCGCGAGCUGGACGCUUCUGUCAGAGAGCCAAGUGUUUCGUUUGUGUUUCGACCACCUGCUCUGGUACCAUGAUGUUAGGGCAGUCUCCUCACCUUAUCGGGGGAAUCCUCUGGAUUCAAAACCCAAUGCGAGCUGUUCACUGCAAUCUGACCCAGAAUGGGAUUGACCAUCAGGUGUGUGUAGAGGAUGUGACCUCACACCUGGAGGAAGUGUCUGUUGAUCAUGGACUGGAUGAUGACAGCCCAGGCUUUCAGGACCAGAGUCCUGGUUUCCAGCGACGAUCUCCACCUAAGCGCUCUGUCUCAGAAUCUGAGCUCUCCAGGCCGGGAACUGUGAAGCUGUCCAAACCCGUGGCCCUGUGGAGCCAGCAGGACGUGUGUAAAUGGCUGAAGAAACACUGUCCCAAUCAACACCAAGUCUACAGUGACUCCUUCAAGCAGCACGACAUCACAGGUCGAGCUCUGAUGAGGCUCACUGACAGGAAGUUGGAGCGUAUGGGCAUCAUGCAGGAGAGUCAGAGACAGUACAUCCUACAGCAGGUCCUCCAGCUCCGCGUCAGAGAAGAGGUCCGCACUCUGCAGCUGCUCACCCAAGCCUCUCUGGAGAGUUCACCAUAACUUGAGGGUUCCAGGAGGUCCUCCAAUCCUUAACCAUCUUCUCAGACGUCCACAACACACACUAGACUGCGGUCUUCCUUCAGUCUACUUCUCAAAAACUCUCCUAAAGCAAAUCUAGACCCUCCCUCAUCAAAACAAUCCUAAAAAGGACCCAAGUGAUCUUCAGUAGCUCUUUACAGCAUAUCAGUUCCAAACACCAAGAAUCGCCUGGACUACUGAUGUUCCCUUUUGGACAAUGUGAAAGACUUGCUGCUGAAUUAUCUUGUUUUUUGUAUGUAAUCCUGAAGUGUAGCACUUUAACCUCUUUCUUCCUGCCAGUGUUCAGCACACAGCCUGUUAGCAUAUCUGACUAGCAUGAUGUUCUAUGACACACCCUGGACUUCCUGCAACAGUACAGAAGAAGAGUAUCUAUCUAUCUAUCUAUCUAUCUAUCUAUCUAUCUAUCUAUCUAUCUAUCUAUCUAUCUAUCUAUCUAUCUAUCUAUCUAUCUAUCUAUCUAUCAUUAGCUAGAUACCUAUCUGGCUAACUAGCUAUCUAAAUGGGUAGCCGUUUAGCUAAUUAGCUAUCUGUAGCUAACUUGUCUGUCUAUUUAGCUAGCUAGCUAGCUAAUUAGCUCUCUGUAUAGCAAACGUGUUUAGCUAUGCAGCUUAUUAGCUAUCUAGACAAGAAAACAAGCUGUCUAGCUAGCUUUCUUCACCUGUUAACAUUCUUAUGAAAUAGCAACAUGUGGACUCCACCCUUUGCACGUCUAAAUAUUACUAGUCUUUUCCUCUCUCUUGUGUCUGCCGUCUCUUAGUGUAAUGUAAACCGUCUGGUCGGCUUGCUUGGUUAGUCGUCUUUUUUGUCUUUUUAUGUCCCCGAGCUUAAAUUCCUUCACCAUCCAUCAAAAGCAAGAUCUUGUUAUUAUGUAUCCCGUAGACUGAACUGCACUGUGACUGUGACCAGGUCUCUUAAAAAGACAAGCCCACCCUUCCACAGGGAGCUGCGUUCCACCCCAAAUCCUUCUUUCGUUGCCGGACCAAAUGCAUUAUACUGUCAUCUCUUGAUCCGGAGCCAAACUUGGGUUUCGACUCAUGGAGGAAUUCAAUUAGAAGGCAGGAUGAAGCAACUGAGCUCAGAGCUGUGAAACUGCAAAGAAUCAGAAAUGGGAGACGAUACUACUUUCCUUUUUUUUGGUUAUAAAGGCAGGAGAAAGAAGGGGAAAAAUAGAUGACAUGUCUCUCUGAAGUCUCAUCCUGCCAUUGGGAGAGAAGGAGAAAGGAAGGGAAUGUACUUUUAGGCAUGGAACAGCAUUAUUUAAAAAAGUGUAUAAACCA